GCCGUCAGUCACAGCAGGUGCGCGGGACGCGGUGCGGAAGGGGAAGGUCCCGGCUCAGGUCGGGGGUGACAAAGAUGGCGGCUGAGGAGCGGGAGGAGGAGAUGGAAAGAAAGAGUGUCAGAGAGAAAGCCAGGCUGCGCUUGAGGGAGUUCGAUGUGGGGGACAGGUUCUCCCACUUGCCGCUGCCCAAAGCCUCCGUCCUCCUGCCGCUGAUGGUGAGGGCGGGGAAGCUGCACCUGCUGCUCACGGUGCGCUCCAUGCAGCUGAGAAGAUCACCAGGGGAAGUGUGUUUUCCAGGAGGUAAAAGUGAAGCAAUUGAUAAAGAUGAAAUUGAUACUGCUCUUCGAGAAGCUAAGGAAGAAGUGGGACUCCAACCAGAGAAUGUGGAAGUCAUCUGUAGGCUUGUGCCUGGAAUUGAUAAAAUGAAUUACUUGGUAACACCAGUUGUAGGAUUUAUAGAGGAUACAUUCCAGCCCAUUCCUAACCCUGAUGAAGUGAGCAAUGUUUUUGUCGUGCCAUUGGAAUACUUUGUCAAGCCCUUGAAUUACCAGACUGUGCCUUAUAAAACCUCAUCUGGUUACCAAGGUCGGAUGCACUCCUUUACAUAUGAUGACCCGGAACAUAAAAUGUCAUUCAGGAUAUGGGGACUUACUGCCCACUUUGCUGUAUUUCUUGCUCUUGUAAUUUUUAGAAAGAGACCUACCUUUGAAGUUGGUUAUGAUCUGGACAACUUAAUUUCAUCCUCUGAGAAUCACUUCAUGCAUUUAUAUGCAUCCGUGUAUGAAAGAAAGAAGAGUAAUAUAUAGCAAACUAAUCUGGUAGUUAAUUCAUACUGAAGGAGGAAAAAGGGUUUUGUUUAUUCCGUUUAUACCAGUUACUUGUUUGAAUUUCCUCUGAAUUAGGAACUGAUUAAAAUUUAUUUUUAAAUAACAUUUUUAAGUUGACAAGCCCUAACUAGAUUAAUAUAACUAUUAAUCUGUUUUAGAGCUGUCAAGAGUACAUGGUUUUUUUGAUGAAUUUAGUAUACAGUUUUGGAAGAUAUGUUUCGCUUUCUGCUUUUUUUUUAUGGGAUCUAAGACGCUUUCUGUGGUUUGCCUUCUGUAUAAUGAGGUAAUACAAUUUUAUGUAAUUUUUGUCUGAAUUAGAAUAUGAAGUCUUUUGGGGGGUCUGUCUGGCAUACUACAUAUGGACAACAAUGCACAGUCUUGUGUGGUAUCUUUAAGCACUUACAAAACACAAUAAAAAUCUAAAAGGUG